UUUCAUAUUUUUUCUGUAGUUUGCACAUUGUACACACGUUGCCACGCCGGUACAAGAAAAGUCAUAUCUAUUUUAUUAAGAAUUGACAUUUCUUUCAUUAGUUUUUCAAUAUUAAUUUAAUUAUAAAAAUAAAUUAAACUGGACUGAAAACGUGGAGGAGACUCAGCAGCACAUAAAUGCUGCUGUCUGUCGGUGACACAGACAUCUAGUUUGUAAAUCUAUACAAAAGGAGUUCUCCAAUAGUACAGGACAGCAGCCUGCAGCCAUGGCAGGCAAGGGUCGUGGAAUGGCUGCCUUUACAUUCAACAUAGAGGCCCUGGGCAUCGGCAGAGGAAGCAUGCCAGAGGCCAGGGUGGGGCCCAGCCCGCUCUAUCCAAGCACUGACUUUAAACCAGUUCCACUGAAAGUCGGCGAAGAUGAAGACUACAUGCUGGCCCUGAAGCAGGAAAUGAGAGGGACGAUGCAGCGGCUGCCUCACAACAUCAAACUUCAGUCCAACAAAGCAGAUGUGGAGAAAUACUCUGAGAGAUACCUAAAGCAGAGCCAGUCGGAACAUGAGGGAUGGACUCCAGACUGGAACCUUUUUCCAAAAGAACUGAUGCCCCGAGUUAAAAAACCUCGAACUAAAGGCGCAAAGAAUAAGAAGAAUGCGAAAAGUUCAGGCAAGGAGGCGGCGGACGUUUUAAGCAAAUUAGACGAACUGGAGAAGAAAGACGACGGAAAUGCUGAAAAGUCAGACGAUGAAGAAAAGAAAACCACAAACGAGGAUGAAGAAGAAAUAGAGGAGGAAGAGUACGAGGAGGAAGACGUUGAAGAGGACAAUGACUACAUUGAGAGUUAUUUUGACAACGGAGAAGAUUUUGGGGCCGACAGUGACGACAAUAUGGAUGGUGAAGCUACAUAUUGAAACAGCAGGACUCCAACUGGAACAUAGUGGCUAUGAGUUAAAUGUUUGAUAUUUAAGUUAAUACAUGA